AUGUCCACCGAAAAUCCGCCCCAGAAGCGACGAAUCUACCUCAAUGGCUUCGAUAUGUUCACAGUCGGCCAUCUAUCAUUCGGCCAAUGGAAGAAUCCUGCUGACCGAUCGGCAACAAAGCGUAGAGAUCUCUCGUACUGGACGGAUCUAGCCAAGAUCCUAGAGAAGGGAGACUUCAAUGCAUUGUUCCUAGCUGAUACUUUCGGUCUUUAUGACACUUACAAGGGCAGUGCUGAACCGGCUAUUCGUAACGCCGCUCAGUACCCCAUGGGAGAUCCUUCAAUUCCGAUCUCUGCCAUGGCAUCGGUGACGAAGAACCUGGGAUUCGCUAUUACCACAUCUACAUCGUAUGAAGCUCCAUAUGUUGUUGCAAAGAGAUUCUCAACUCUUGAUCACCUCACGAACGGUCGAUUUGGAUGGAAUAUUGUGACAUCAUGGAAGGCCUCUGCUUCAAAGGCUGUUGGAUUGCCCCUCAUCGACCACGACAAACGCUAUGAGAUUGCUGAUGAGUAUCUGACGGCGCUAUACAAACUCUGGGAAGGAAGUUGGGCAGAUGACGCCCUCAAGGAAGACGUCGAGACUGGAAUCUACACAGACCCCAGUCGGAUCAAAUACGUCCAUCACCACGGUAAACAUUUCCAUGUCGACGGUCCUCAUAUCCUAGAUCCAUCACCCCAACGCACUCCGUUCCUAUUCCAAGCCGGCACUUCUCCAGCCGGCGUGGCAUUCGGUGCAAAACAUGCCGAGGGUGUCUUUGUAUCAGCCCCAUCUCCAAACAUCCUCGCUCCUCGUAUCCAGGCUAUCCGUGAAGAAGCAGCCAAAUCGGGCCGUGAUCCGAGAUCCGUGAAGGUCUUUGCCAUUCUUACCCCGAUCAUUGGUCGAACAGAGGAAGAGGCCCAGGAAAAAUACCGCGAGGCACUUGAAAAUGCCAGUGAAGAGGCUGGUCUCGCUUUCUUCUCUGGAGGAAGUGGCAUUGAUCUCAGUCGAUUUGAUCUAGAUACACCCAUCAAGUCGUCUGAUGUUCACGUUGAUGCUCGAGUCCAUUCAACCAUCAACACGCUCUCGUAUCAGAGUCCUGAUGUCCCGGAAUGGACGCCCCGAAACAUUGGGAAGCAUAUCUCCAUCGGUGGUGCCGGUCCCGUUCCCGUUGGAACUGCGAGCACCGUUGCAGAUUUCCUUGAAGAAUGGGUCCGAGUUGCUGAUCUAGAUGGCUUCAACAUCGGAUACGUUCAAACUCCGGGGACAUUUGAGGAUGUUGUGGAGCUCUUGGUACCCGAACUGCGUCGACGAGGUAUCUAUGCACCCGAAGGAGAAAGCGGAACUAUGCGCGAGAGGAUCUAUGGGCCUGGCCAAAAGCUAUUGAGAGAUGAUCAUGUCGGAACAAAGUACCGCUAUGAGGUUUAUGAUGGUAAAUAG